UAUUAAAGGUCAAUCAGCUGACUGCAGCUCCUGAGCUGGAGGCAUACAUAUAUUAUAUUAUAUUUAAAAACAAGAUGAGGAGGUUACUCGUGUUGCUCCUCUUCUGUCAGGUUGCAUCCGCAGUGAAACACUCCCUGAAAUAUUUCCUCACUGCAACUUCUGGAGUUCCAGACUUUCCCGAGUUUGUGGGUGCUGCGAUGGUUAAUGAAGUUCAGGUUGGUUACUGUGACAGCAACAUCAAGACAGCAGAACCCAAACAGGACUGGAUGAAAAAAUUAAUAAAGGAUGACCCACAACACCUGGACUGGUAUGCUCUGAAGUGCUCUGGUAAUCAGCAGGUCUUCAGAGCCAACAUUGACAGCUUGAAGCAACGCUUAAACCAAACCGGAGGUGCCCACAUUUUACAGAGGAUGAACGGCUGUGAGUGGGAUGACGAGACUGGAGAGGUUACUGGUUUUAAUCAGUACGGUUAUGAUGGAGAAGACUUCAUAGCAUUGGACCUGCAGACAUUGACAUGGACUGCUCCAAAACCACAGGCUUUCAUCACAAAACUUAGGUGGGAUGCUGAGAAAGCUAGAUUAGAAUACAAUAAAAACUACUACAUCCACAAAUGCCCCGACUGGCUGAAGAAGUAUGUACACUAUGGGCGGAGCUUUCUCCAGAGAACAGAGCUUCCCUCAGUGUCUCUCCUCCAGAAGACUCCCUCCUCUCCAGUCAGCUGCCACGCUACAGGUUUCUACCCUGACAGUGCCACACUCAUCUGGAGGAAAGAUGGAGAGGAGCUUCAUGAGAACGUGGAACACGGAGAGAUCCUCCUCAACCACGAUGGAUCCUUCCAGAUGAGUGUUGACCUGAACCUUUCAUCAGUCACACCUGAAGACUGGAGGAGGUACGACUGUGUGUUUCAGCUCUCUGGUGUAAAGAACGACAUCGUCAUCAAGCUGGACAAAGCAGAGAUCAGGACCAACUGGGGUUCUCCCUCAGGGUUUCCUGCUGGUCCUGUUAUUGGAGGAAUUGUAGCAGUGCUCAUCCUCUCAGUCUGCCUUAUUGGGCUUUUAAUGUGGAGAAGAAACAAUAAUGUUAUAUGACGCCUGCAUUUCACGGUUCCGACCUGCUAACAGGUAACAGAAGAGGAAGCUGAACUUCACUAAGUGAUGAGUCAACAAAACCACAACACUUUCCCAGACAGGAUUUUCUCCGAGAUAAAAACAUCUGGAGAGCAGUGAUGUGGUUGAAUCGGGAGUAACACUGAGGUGAAGCAGUAUACACUGAUACAAAUGGCCCACAGCACAUUGAACACGACUGACAGAGCCGGUGGUUGCCUCUAAUGACUGUAAGAUUCAACAAAUAUGGUCUGGAACACUGUGUGUGAGAGGUAAAACUAAUCACCGUUCAGUCCCUCUCACUGGGACAUUUUGACGGUGGGUUCCUUCUGACAGCUCCAGGAUCAGCACUCUGGAUAACACCUCAACUGCAUGUGUCAAAUCUGGACUACCAUGGAAAAAGAAAGAGGAAACAGAAGAUUGUGCAUCUGUGGAGUGAUCGGUUUUGUAACAAUUAACCGUGUUGGUCACUUUGUAAAAUACGCCAGGCAACAGCAUUGGAGCAUUGGAUAUACCACAUCACCCAAAUAACAACAUUUUGAUUAAGAGCCACAUCAGUACGGUGGAGAUUAACUUAAUGUUGGCAGAAAGCAGCUGAUUAGAAAAAGGUUGGACUGGAGUAAAACACAUACAUGAUAAUGAGUUGGAAGUAGUUUGUUUACAGUUGCACAGAACCAGUCGGGGGGGGGGGGGGAGCCAGCUUGGUAUUCUUAUUACAUGUCUGCUGUUUUUCCAACCUACUCUGCAUUAGGGGAAGUGAAGGUACAAGGUUCAGGGUGAUGGGAUGGAGCCAUUUUCGACCACCAGCUUUGAUUUGUUCCAUCCCUGUACAGUUAUAUAAUUUAGUUUACAGAUAAAUGUCAUAUUUAGUGUGGAGCACCCUAGAAUGUGGCAGUAAAUGUUAGUAAUAGUAACAAUGUUAUCUUGUAAGAUGUGGACAUAAAAUGCUGUUUGAGUUGUGCAAGCUGUGAGAAGAGGAAGGGGGGGGGGUUGGUAUUGGGACUCAGAGUUUCAGCAGACCCUGUUUCUGCAUGGUCCUAGUGUGUGCAGUGUCUCCUGUUUUUUGUAUAAUAUUAGUUUUGGGUUGUUAAAAGUGGCGCUCUAAUACAACCUUAAACAAAAGUAAGGGGGACAUGUCUGUGUGUGAUUUACGCCUUUUUGAGACCCCAAAAUAUAGCCCUGUGUCUCGCCAUCGUCUUAUACAGGCUUAUAAACUAAUUUUACUUUCACUUUCAUGAAUAAAUGACUGAACCUCUUUA